ACUCUCAACCCACCGGCAGCCGAGGAAAGAGCGCUAACACGAUUCCUGACUGGACUUUCUGUUGACUGAAGGACGGCAGAAGGUCUACAGUUAUGACUUCACUGGGGAACAGCAGUUCCUCUGGAACGGAGUACAUUGUCAGAGUUCCCAAGAAUACUAGUAAGAGGUACAGCAUAAUGGCUUUCAACGCAGGUGAUAAAGUCAGCUGUUCCACAUGGACGCAGGCACGGAUGGAGCGAGACAUGAGUAACCGGCGAAUGUACGGCGAGGAGGAAACCCCUGAGGCAGGCGCUGGCAGCGAGUUUGGAAAGAAACAGAGAGAGGAGGCGCGUAGGAAGAAGUAUGGCAUCAUCACCAAGGAGUUCAAGGUUGAAGACCAGCCAUGGAUCCUGAAAGUCAACGGCAAGGCUGGGAGAAGGUUUAAGGGCCUGAAAAAAGGAGGUGUGACAGAGAAUGCCUCCUACUACAUCUUUACUCAGUGUGCUGACGGAGCUUUCGAGGCCUUUCCUGUGCAUGGCUGGUACAACUUCACGCCAGUGGCUAAACACCGCACCCUCACGGCUGAAGAGGCCGAGGAGGAGUGGGGCAGGAGAAAUAAAGUAGUGAACCACUUCAGCAUCAUGCUCCAGCGGCGUCUAAGGGAGCAGGAGCAUGGAGAAGAGGAGGAGGAGGGGGCAGGAGAAAAGGGCGGGAAGAAAAAGAAAAAGAAAGGCGGCAAAGGGGGAGAUCUGCGUAUCCAUGAUCUGGAGGAUGAUCUGGAGAUGAGCACUGAUGAGAGUGACAGCAGUGGAGGCGAAGAUGGAGAAAGCAAGGCAAAGAGCAAAAAGGACACAAGUUCGAAGGCCAAGGCUAAAAAGAAGAAGAAGAGGAAGGGCAGUGAUCAGGAGGGACUGGAAGACAGCGAUGACGGGGACUUUGAAGGUCUGGAAGUGGACUACAUGUCAGAUGAGAGCAGUUCUGAAGAAGAGGAGCCAGAGAAGGCGAAGCCCAACAAAGGAGACGAUGUUCCUAAAGGGAUCGACGAGGCAUCAGAGAGCGAAGAGGAGAGCGAGGAAGAGAACAAGAACGAAGAAGAAGGCAAAGAGGAAGAGGAGGAGGAGGAAGGGAAGAAGACGCCGGUACAGACAGAGAAAAAGAAGAAGAAAGAGAAAGAGAGCAGUGGAGAAUCCGACAGCUCAGAGGACAGUGACAUCGAGGGAGAGACCGCCUCUGCACUUUUCAUGAAGAAGCGUACCCCUCCUAAGCGUGGAGGUCGAGGGUCUGCUGGAAGUUCCAGAACAGGAAGCCGUCCAGGAACGCCCUCAAUUGACAAUGCAGCAACCUCCAACACUCUGCGUGCUGCUGCCAGCAAACUGGAACAAGGUAAGCGGCAGGCGGCCAUGUCCAGUUCAGACACUCCAGCUGCCAAAAGGCUGAAGAUGGAGCCCAGUUCUCAGAGCCCCUCAGGGAAGAGCACCCCUCAGCCAGCGUCUGGCAAAUCUACACCUAGCUCCAGUGAUGUGCAGCUGACGGAGGAUGCAGUGCGGCGGUACCUGAUCAGGAAGCCCAUGACCACCAAAGACCUGCUGAAGAAAUUCCAGACCAAGCGCACCGGCCUGAGCAGCGAGCAGACCGUCAACGUGCUCGCCCAAAUCCUCAAGAAACUCAACCCAGAGAGAAAGAACAUCAAUGACAAGAUGCAUUUCUACCUCACAGAGUAGAACAGGCACCUGGAUCAAGGCCAGAGCAUCCUCACCCAGCAUUCUCCAACAAACAUCAAGAUGCUACUGUUAGCCGUAACCCAGACUUAGCCAGAUAACUUAAACCUGUCCAGUAAGAAGGUCAGAGAUAUUCCUUUUGGACUGAUUUGACUUUAAGUUAAAAUUGUCCAUCUUUUUGGGGAAUACUUUGUAAAAUACACCCCACAGCACACUGUUCUCCAUGUUGACAGCUGGCUUUAUACCGUUCCAGAAUAACCGAUAAACCAAGCGUGAAUCAGGGAGAACGUCAUAGAACAUUGUGAAUAGGUGGGGAAAGUUCUAGAACAGGGUGAACAAGGAGAAUAAUUUACAUCUUGAAAGGUGGAACCUUCUAGAACAGUGUGAAUUGGUGGGGAACAUUCUAGAAGAGUGUGAAUGGGAAAGCCUAUUGUAGGGGCAACAGUCCCACCCAGAUAUGACAAAUCAAACCAGUGUUCUGGUGUGUUGGAGAACACUGCUUCAUUGUGCCCUGGGCUUUUUACUGGAAUGAUCUUCCCUUAUUCACACUGGUCUGUUUGGAUUAUCAAUUAUUAUUCAGCACUGCCAACAUUAAAAUGUUGUGUUUGUUGGGGAAUGAUGGGUCCGUGUGCUACGGGCUUAUUCUGCUCCAGUGAGGGACAGAACAUUCUACAGACUUCACAACAAUAACACAAGAGUAUGGCACACCAGCCACACACUUGGUUCUGUUGCUGCUUGUUGGGGAACGCUGGGUCGGUGUGCUUCUCAGCCACUCUUGUAAACUCUGCACAUUUUUCAUUUUUCUUCUUAUCGACGCUUCUUACCUGGGCUUGAUGAUUAGCUGAUGAGUUGGUUGUGUCUUAGAAGAAGGAAAAGCACAAAUGUGCACAAUUUAGUAACUUAGAAUAUGAUUAGGAACUGGACAUGAUUGCUAAUACGAUUAGCAAGACCGAACAUGUACGAGAGAGCGAAGAGUUUUGAUUACCAUUUUCCACUGAGUAUUGUUGUGUUUCUGAGCCACAUCUUUAAUGUGUGAGGUGUUUUGACUUCCUGUAGAGUGUUGAGAUUGACUGAGCAGAGCCAGUUGCAGAACUUGUAUUGGAUUAAACCAUAUGCAUUUUUAUUUUAGUGAUUAAGAUUGCCUUUUAGUUAAAUAAGUGAUGCAUUGUCCAUACACUGUUACAGAACUGUAAUAAAAUUUGCUCAUUAUUUGUG